AUUGCUAAAUAUAUUUUCGGAGAUGAUCAUAUAUAUUAAGUGGGAGAGGAGUGGCCGAGUGGGUAAGGUGGCAGUGUGUUGGCACUCACUGUCGCUGGUUUGACACUCGGUCACGGGCCCUCUGUUUGCCGGUCGAGCAAUCAUCCGGUGAAAAGAAACCACCAUCCCCCUCUCCGGCGAUGGACUCACGGCCCGGCCCAGACAGCGAAUUCGUCUAGAAACCAUCAUCUCAUAAUGAUUUUAACAUCAAGAUGCAUGAGGUAUAUGAAGUAUCCAAGCUAUUAAAAUAUUCAGUUCCAAUCGAAAGUAUUACAGCUUAUGAUAAUUAUUUGCUAGUUGGUAAUCGUCAGGGUCAUAUAUUUUUAUAUACAACUAGUCCUAGAGUUCAGCUUGUUGAUUGUAACAAAACAUUUAGCAAAAGGCCCAUAUUGCAGUUAGCUUCUGUACCAGAAUGUCAAAUUGUUAUUUGUUUGUCAGAUGAAAGAGUUAGUGUACUUGAUAUUUCACGCGACAAAGUUUUACAUUUGAAAACUUCUGGUUUACAAAAAACUAAAGGUGCCACUUCAUUUACGUUAGAUGUAAAAACACCAGUUGGUUUACAAGGAAAUGCAAAUAACACCGUAGUCCGAUUAUGUGUUGCAGCCAAAAGACAAUUACAAGUAUAUCACUGGAAAGGUAGAGAUUUUUUGGAGCAUUCUGAAAAUUUUGACAUACCAGAUAUACCUCGUACAAUGGUUUGGUGUGAUCAAACUGUCAUAAUUGGUUGUAAGAACGAAUACUAUUUAUUCGAUGUAACAAUGGAACAAAUGAGACCUUUAUUUUUAACUGGAAAAAAUCAAGAACCUAUUAUAACAAAAAUAUCUGAUACACAAUUUGGCGUUGUUAAAGAUUCCCAUAUAAUAGUAAUGAGUACAAGUGGUGACGUAGCUGAACAACAAACUAUUAAAUGGGCAGAUUCACCAUCAAUUAUUUUAUAUGAUGAACCUUAUCUUAUAGCAAGUAUAGGUGAUAAAUUGAAUGUCCAAACAAUUGAACCAGGUGAAAGUUCUGUUGUACGACAACUCAUAUCAACUACUUCAAAAACUCUUAACAUGUUUACUUGCCAAAGUGGACUUAUUUAUGCUUCAUCUGCGUUAGAUGUCUGGUGUUUAAAAGCAGUUCCGUUUGCUAAACAAAUAAAACGGCUUCUUGAAGAUAAAAAUUUUCAAUUAGCCUUAAAAUUGGCUAAUAUAUCUGAUGAAUCUGUUGACGAUAAAGAAAAAAAUGUAGCUCAAAUCAGAACAUUAUACGCUAACGAUUUAUUUGAAAAAAAGAAAUAUCAAGAAUCUAUGAGAGAAUUUUUAAAACUAAAAACAGACCCAUAUGAUGUUAUAAGAUUAUUUCCAAAUCUUUUACCUCAAAAUGAUUCGGACUACGGAGAAGAAUUAUUAGAAAAAGAAACUGAAAUAAAAAUUGUUGCUUUAAUUGAAUAUUUGACCGAAGUGAGACAUAAUCUCUUGAAAGAACCUGUUGUUAAAGGUUUACCAAGUGUGAUUGAACCAAGUAAUAAUCACCAGGAACAACUACUUCAAAUUAUUGACACUACUCUACUUAAGUGUUAUUUGCAAACUAAUGAUGCCCUUAUAGCCCCACUUUUAAGGUUAAACCAUUGUCAUUUGUUAGAAACUGAAGCUACCUUAAAAAAAUACAAGAAGUAUAGCGAGUUAAUAAUUUUGUAUCAGACUAAAGGUCUUCAUAGCAAAGCAUUAGAACUUUUGCAAAAACAAUCUGAAAAUUCAGAUUCUAACCUUAGAGGACCUGAGCGUACUAUACAAUAUUUACAAAAUAUUGGUUCAAAUAACAUAGAUAUUAUUCUUCAAUUUUCGGAUUGGGUGUUAAAUAAAUACCCAGAAGAAGGUCUUAACAUAUUUACAGAGGAUAUUGCUGAAGUCGAACAUUUACCUAGACCUAAAGUAUUAGAUUUUUUAAUUAGAAAUCACAAAAAUCAUAUUAUUCCUUAUUUGGAACAUGUGAUAUAUGUAUGGGGUGACACAAAUGCUAUAUGCCACAAUGCUUUAAUUCAUCAAUACAGAGAAAAACUUCAGCAAUAUGAUAGUAAAUCGAAGCAAGUUGAACAAACUGCUCAUAGCACAAAGGUCAAACUUAUGGAAUUUUUAGAACAAUCGAAAUAUUAUACCCCAGAAACAGUCUUGGUGCAUUUUCCAUUAGACGGAUUUUUUGAAGAACGAGCUAUAGUUUUAGGAAAAUUAGGUCGACAUGAACAAGUCCUAUCGAUGUAUGUAACUGUGUUAAAUGACAUAGACAGAGCUAUUUCAUAUUGUGAUAAAGUUUAUAAGUCAAAAGAUGAAGAUUCUGAACAAAUAUAUGUAACAUUACUGAGAUUACUAAUCGAUCCUCCAGACAGUUGGUUAGCAGGAUUAGGAGGCGUAACUAAGUCAGCUCCUAAUUUAAAUAAAGUUAUUGAACUCUUAAACAAAAAUGCUGCACAAAUAGCAACACCUGAUGUUUUAAAAGUUUUACCAGAUCAAAUACCACUUUAUAGUAUUAGAAAUUUUCUUAUAAUUGCUUUAAAUAAAACUUUAGGUGAUAGAAGACUUUAUCAAGUUAAUAGAGGAUUGCUUUACGCAAAACUUUUAAAGGUUCAACAACAAAGAAUAUUAUACGAAUCUCAGAAUAUCACUUUAACAGAAUUCAACAUAUGUAGAGUGUGUAAAAAACGAUUUGGAAAUCAGAGUGCAUUUGUGAGAUGUCCAAAUGGUGAAAUAGUUCACUAUUCAUGUCACAAUCACAAGGCAGAUCAAUAAAAAUAUCCUUAUUGGUAUUUUUCGCAUACUUCAUUCAAAAUCACUGUAUUGGCGAAUAACUAAGAAUGUUUACAGUUAUAUUGAUAUGUCCGAUCCAGAACCUUCAUGAUCGGAAUCCAUAAAAGUGUCUUCUUCUCGGCCAGCAUUAAACGGUGUGGAUUCAUUUUCAACAUUGUUGACGCCACUGAAUGUUGCAUCCAGAAGAGAUCCAUUUAAAACAGGUCCAGCAGAAUCGGUGGACGUUGCUGUUGAAGUAUUGCACGGUUUUCCCAUAUUUUCUAAGCUCUCCAUUACUCGUUUAUUGUUUGGAUCAAGACUAAAAAUUGUUUUAUUUAUACACAUACAUAUUUAACAUAAUCGCGUGAAAUAAAUAUUUUGCCUACCGAAAAGCUUUUUAUAUUUCAAUA